CGUAGAGCAUUGCCCUGCAGAUAUAUCGCAGCGUUGCACAGUCGCGAGAAGCACGUUCAGCUUGUUCGCAGUCGUUCCUUCAUUUGCCUUUAUCUGUCUAUAAUUCGUAAUAUACCACCAUGCAUCUGCAGAACACUCUUUACGUUGCUUUAUCAAGCGCCUCGCUGGCCACCGCAGCAUACACUCUCCAGGACAGCUGUAUCGGUUCCUCCUUCCAGAACUGCUUCGACUUUUACUCGGGUGCUGAUCCAACCAAUGGAUUUGUCCGUUACCAGAACCAAACCGAAGCCCUCGCCCAAGGUCUUUACCAGGUGUCUGGUAACAACGUCUACCUCAAUGUAGACAGCAAGAACGCCGCACCCAACGGCCGCGCCAGUCUACGACUGGAGAGCAAGAAGAUGUACAAUCGCGGACUCUUCAUCCUGGACGUAAUGCACAUGCCCGCCAGCACCUGCGGCAGCUGGCCAAGCUUCUGGUCCUUCGGCCCGGAGAAGACGUGGCCGGCUAAUGGAGAAAUCGACAUCAUCGAAGGCAUCCAUGAUUCCACGAGAAACGCAAUGUCCCUGCACACCUCGGACGGGUGCACUAUUACUGGAACUGGUUCCACAGGCACCGUCAAGACGAAGAACUGUUACAUCAACGCUGCGGGCCAGACGAGCAAUGCCGGGUGCGGUGUCGACGACAAAUCAGCAUCUUCUUUCGGCACACCCCUCAACCCGAAAUUCGGCGGCAUCUACGCGAUGCAGUGGACCUCCACCGGCAUUAAGAUAUGGUUCUUCCCGCGCGACUCGAUCCCGUACAACAUGUAUGGCAACAACCCAGACCCCUCGCUCUGGGGCACGCCGAGCGCAAACUUCGCCGGCAGCGGCUGCGACUUCAACAAGCACUUUAUUAAUCACAAGCUCGUCAUUGACACUACCUUCUGCGGCGACUGGGGCAACGCGGUCUGGGCGAGCAACCCCGUAUGCAGCAAGAAGGCCGCGACGUGCAACGAGUAUGUGGCGAACAAUCCAAGUGCUUUUGCGGAAAGCUACUGGCGGAUUAAUUAUUUGAAAGUGUUUAAAGAGUAAAUGAGGUCUUGUAAGUGGGAGGAUUGAAUUAUACCCGGUAGCAGAAGAUAAUAGAUACCAUGCGUACCUGAUUGGAGUUGCGUUGCGCAUCCCCGAGCGAUCGCCGCUGCUUUGUAAUCUCCCCGCGGCUUACCUACUUCACUACCCUCCUUCCCGCGCUGCAUACUGAAUCGAGCUGGAGCAGCACUUGAGGUAUUAACUCAUCCGCGCGUACUGCGUUGAGCAUGCGCCCCUUGAAGUGCUUUACAAAUGCUAGCUCAGAUUCGGGCGUGGGGUGUGUUCGGUCCGAACGGCGCAGCGUAGAUAGUGCAACCACCCAGCGCAGCCCCC